AUGAAUCCAGACUACGACCUGGACUACAACACCACAUCCACAGACCAGCCAAGGGAAAGGAUGAUGGGUAAAUUUCGAAAACUGGUUAGACAUUUUAAAUGGCUGGAAUACUCUGCUAGAAAAGAUGUUGCUUUCUGCUUUGCUUGUAGGGUAUUUGGUAAAAAUCUCAGAAAGGAUGCAGUAAUGAAUGAGGCAAAGGGAGUACCUGGAACAUAUUGUGGCAGUUACCUGCUUCUUGAGGAAGCAAGGAAUAGCAUCCUUGAUGAAACGGAUGAGAGCGAGAAUAAAGGCAAUUUCCUAGAGUGCAUGACACUUUUGAGAACGUGUGAUCCGUUCUUGCAGAGGUAUACACCCCCAUCAAACACCACAUACCUCAACACCUCAUCUAACAGUCAGAAUGAGAUGAUAGAAAGUUGUUCACACGAUGUAACUGCAACUAUUGUCAGUGAGAUGAGGGAAUCAAAGAUGUAUGCCAUUAUGGCUGAUGAGGCCAGAGAUGGAAAGACAGAGCAGUUGGCAUUCUGUGUGAGGUAUGUUUCUGUGGAGGGUGCAGUUAAAGAGAGGUUCCUAGCCCUUACAGAGAUGCCACAGUUUGAUGCUACAUCAAUAACAGCUGCAAUUGAGAAUCAAUUGAUAGAGAAAGGAAUUGAUCAGUUAGUAUGUGUGGCACAGACCUACGACAGGGCAGCUAUCACGAGUGGGGAUGUUGGGAGUGUACAAGCCCAUUUUCAAAAGCAGCACCCUGAGGCGAUAUAUGUGCAUUGCUACGCACAUGAGUUGAAUCUUGUCUUAUGUCACACAUGCAGAGCUGUUUCUGAAGCCAAAGACUUCUUCAACAUGCUGGAAAGUCUCUAUUCUUUCUUUAGUGUCUCACUUCUGAACCACCAUAAGUUUGUUGAUGGUCAAAAGAAGUUAGGAUUGCAGGCUUGAAGGAUUGAAGGCAAAACUCCGUAAAUUCUCCACAGUGUAUUGGCUGAUGGUUUUCCAGACUCUACUGUCUGUAACAGCAAGUUUACACAGAUACCUACAGAAGGAGACCAUUGAUAUUGCCCAAGCAGUUGACAUACAAACAUUUUGUGACAAACACCCUGAAGCAGAAACGCAGUGAUGCUAGUGCUGCAGAUCUUCACAGCAGAACAAAGGCCAUAUGAGUCAGAAGAACUCAAAAGUAAAUUGUUAUUCCUUUGUCUGGACAGAAUGAUCUCUGAACUUGAUAAGCGUUUUUCUGGUGUGAAUCAGGAGUUGCUAAAUGGGAUUCAGGCCUGCAUUCCAAUCUCAGACCACUUCUUGUCUGAUUCACAUUUGUCAGCACUGGCACUGCAUUAUCACAUUCAACUUGUGAGUGAGUGUUAGUUGCCAAAACCUUUAUGCAGCGCAAGAGCGAGGCUGGUGUUGUUCAAGACAUGCCGACAGUGUUCAAUCUCCUGGAUUAUGAGAAGUUCCCUUCACUAAAAGCUGUUAUUCAGGUUGCCUUGACAGUACCAGUUAGCAGCUGUAGCUGCGAGAGGUCUUUUAGUGCCUUGCGUCAGCUACAUACCUGGCAGAGGAGGACCACGGGCCAAAGCAGACUCUAGGACCUGGGUGUGAUGUCAAUUGAGAAGGAGGUGCUUGAGAGAGUCAAAAACAGAUAAGCCACCCAUGAGGUGAGGCUACAUAGAUUAAGUCUCCCAAAGUAGAAGGCAUGUUAAAGCCAAAAGGGGAGAGAAGGGCAGAGUGACAUUGAUUUUUUUUGUAGAUUUCAAGCACUUGUUUAAAAAAAAAAUUGGUUUAAAAAUAAUGGACCUUUGUAUGUUUAUGUACUUAAUUGUAGUGAUGCACAUAUUUAUGCUCCGUUUCUUUUUAUGGCAACAAAAUAAUUCACUGGGGGAUGGCUAAACAAUGUGGGUUAUCUUGGCAACCAGCCGCAUGAUGCAUAUGAGAAAGCACAACAGCCAAUGACACAGCAAUCAACAAAUCCCUGUAUGCUUGUAAUCUACGUGGAUAGAUAUACUGUAGAUAGGAAAAGCACUUUCAAUGUUUUGAUUUUAUUUCUUUAAAUUCCUGCAAGUAUUUUCAAGACCUGGGUUACUAAGAUGGGGUGGAUUUUGGAGUUAACAAAUAUUCAAAUAAUUGUUAUACCUUUAUAUAUUUCACAUGUAUUGUUUAUACCUCAUUAUCUUUUAAUUUUAAUACAAUCUCAUUGUUGGUACUUUGUAAACCAAGUAAAGGCUUAGUGGCUCAGCAUUAAAGUCAGUAUUCCAGUGAGAGUGAUUUCCCCUACCCAAAAAGUCUAAUGUUCUUCUUUCGCAAAUGUGGGAAUGAUAGACCAAAAUUACAUUAAAAUGUACAGUUGUGUUUUUUUUGGGGGGGGGGGGUGGAUCACCCCUAAAGCUCUGAUCCUACAAUCACCCCUGGUCAGGUAUCCCUCCCCCAACCACCCAGGAGCUAGAGAAGCAAGUGAGCAGGGACCAGGACCACUUCCUAAAGAUUUGAUGCCAGCACAGCCUGACCCAUCAGCCGACGGACCUGCUUUGACACUAAAGAGCUAGGAAACCCUGUGCAGACACUGUUUUCUUUUUGUACAUAUG